AUGGGGAGUAACAGAAGGGAAGAAGGGUCUGUGAUGGAGCCGGAAGUUUUGUGGGCUCCGGCGCCGUUGACGGUGAAAUCUUGGGCAGAUGUUGAUGUCGAAGAUGAUGACGAUUACUACGCCACCACUGCUCCUCUUCAGUCUUUUGUGGGUUCCAUUAAAUUUGGAAAAAAACUUGAACCUGUUGAGAAAACAGAAAGUGAGGACGACCUUCUUGAUGAAGAUGAAGAUGUGGAGGAUAAUGACCACGAAUCUGAGGUUCCAGAACAUGCUGAGCCAGUAGGCCAAAAGAUAGAAGCUUCACCAGCUCCUAAAGAAGCUGAGAGACAACUAUCGAAGAAAGAGAGAAGGAAAAAGGAGCUUGCUGAAUUGGAGGUACUUUUAGCUGAUUUUGGGGUGGAACAAAAGAAGAACGGUCUAGAAGACUUACCUGGUGAUUCUUUUGCCUCGUGUACUGAUAAGUGA